AAGGUCGCCAAGCCUGCCUGUCUGCGUGCGGCGAAGCAACAACAGGAGCACACUCAUACGCGCGUCGAGACGCAAGGGCCAUCGUCAAAGAGUGCCAAACGCAAGAUGGCAAGGAAACGGAAAGAACCAUCGCCCGAGGUGGUCUUUAACCUCACCGGGUUGAUUGAAUAUAAGGUCGUUGAGCUGAUCUACGACGGGGCCGGGCGGAAGCGCGCCAGCCUUUAUCUAGUGGAGGUCCGUAGACCUGUCAAGGCGGCACGGGAUAGGAAGUCAAGGCGCGUCGCUUCCAAGACAAGUGAAUCCGCGCAAGGGGUUUAUGUGCUCAAGAUUUUCCCAGAGUCGCGCGCGAAUGAAGUAGACUACGAGGCAGAUUUGGCGGCGAAUAUAGAGCUCAGUCGCACAUCGGUUGUCCCAGACGCGGAGGCGGCAUGCGAUGCUAUGCUACAGUCUGCGAACCACAACCUAGGGGCUGUUCGCUGGCCGCGGUGCUAUGGUACCAUGACAGUAAGAGCGAAUCUGACCUGCGGGCAAUGGGUUGCUGGCGAGACGGGGCCGUCGACAUGUCACAGUAUCCUUUUUGAGUACUUUCCCGGACUUGAGGCGCUCAGGAAAGAAGAUGUCACAGAAGAGUUGGCGGUUGACUUUAAGAAGCUGCUUGCGGACUUGCACAGUAUAAGGAUCCUGCAUCGUGACCAUAUCAACCAUGCCAUUUGGCCGGAAGUUGGCUUCAAUAAUGUGUUCCUGCGUAAGAAUGCUGCCGAUUGCAAAAAGGACCUCAUUAUUCUAGAUUUCGACAAAGCCAAAGUCUUGGGGGAUGGUGCGAGAGACCGGGCUCUGUUUGCCGACGAGUUGGCACGCAUUGACGAACUGCUCGAACAAGCAUUAUCUGGGAAGGCAUUGGCCGGCUCGACUUCAAAAGAGGUGCAGAAACUGCUUGCAGGCCACCGGGUGUAGUGUAGCCUAUCCAAAAACACAAGGCGAGACGAUACAAGCGAAUUCCAAC